UGAGUUGCCCGAGCAAAGCAAAGCGGCGACCUUUAUUGCACGGCUUUGUCACUACACCACAAGCGUAAUCGACAACGGGUACGACGAGCAUAAUAACGCCUCAUUUCCUGCAUAACGCCUCAUCCGCCAAAAACAUGCUGUCGUCUGUAUUUGAAAUACUAAGCCACAAGUACAUUCUUGUAGUUGGAGCCGGCCAGUUUACUAAACCUGCGUAAAUAACGUCAAAUAAAUAUUGUUUUGUUGAUUAUGUUGUAUUUGCUGAGUAAUGAUAAUGAAAAUUACCCGUUAAGUGAGUCCUAACCAAACCCUCGACCAUAUCUCUUCGUUCUUUGUAGAAAUCACUCAGAUAUUUCGCUCGGUUACGAAAGCCUUCUUAACCCAAGCUAUCGAAAUACUUGAGCGUCGCAAUCUAAAGUUAAUUCUCACAAUGUAAAUCUGAGCAAUCCUGCUGAUAGUUAUAAAUUACCUCAGUAAAACAAGAUAGCGACAUGCAAGAGCAACCUAUAAAUCCACUUGCUAAACACAUAUGCCAGGUGUAUACACAUCUGAACGCAUGUAAAAUAAUAACAAUCAGUAUUAAGUGAUCCAGUGUAUGUGCAGUUUACUCUACUAUGGGGUAAAGUGGGACACUACUUGCAACCUUAUCCCAAUUUCCUGAUGUUCUUAUCAAUCAACAACGCUUUUUUUAAAUCGCGAAGCCACGAUUAUAAAACUCUGUAAAGAUUCUUUGUUCAUUAUAUACUAAAUGGGCCAAGCGAGUAUGAAAACCCAUCUUACCCCACCAUGCUAUAUAUAGCCAUGUGCUUUAUAUUUUAAGUUCCACGUGCUCAGGCAUGCUGAUGUAUUGUCAUGCUUGAUUAUUGUGUGCUGGUAUAUUCCUGUGUCAGUAUACGCCAUGUGCAGUGCAUAAGUGAGGGGUAAACAACUAUUCUGAUAUCCUGAUAUAGUUAUGUCGUUAUGUGUUUACCGAACGGUAUGACUCGAAAACAGUCGUUAAUGUUUAACUUUUCAAGCCAAUCACGUGCGGUAAUAUUACACUUUCAUUUCAUACUCAAAAUUAUCAACGUAUUGCUAUGAAGUUAUAGGUUAUAACUUAGUCGUCUGCAUGCUUUAGAUUUGUAAUAUGUUUGCUGUUGUAUAAUUGCGCUUGGUAUUCAUCUUUAUAACAGAGAGGCUAUGGUAAAAUGAUGACAAAUUAAAGGUUAGGCAUUACAAGCGUUAAAGUAUGUCGGUUUUAAAUAACAUAGACCCCGCGUUAUUUGUUGCCCCGAACAACAGUUCAUUUUGUCGUUUGCUUGCACCGUUAUCAGAAGAUUUUUCAAAAGACGUCAACACAGAAUGGGGUGCAGGUGGUGUUGUAUUUCUCACUAUACCGCCUGUGCUUAGUCUACUUAUGACCCUUCUUUACUGCGAGGAAGUUUAUUAUGUUUUCCUAAAGUCGAAUUCAAAGGAAUUGAGAACUUCCCUUCUAUGGAUACUUGGCACAUACCCAGCUGUAAUCUUGAUUUCUACAAUAGCUGUGUUUAUUCCUCGCGCAUUGGUGUACAUGACGUUCAUGUACACAAUAUACGUCGCGUUUGCCGUGUACAAAUACUACUACCUCAUCAUCGUGUUUGCUGGCGGCACCAAACCUUUCGUGGAUAAAACAGAAUCUAAUGACAUCCGUCUAAACAAUGUCCCGUGCUGUUGUUUGGUCUGCAUUCCAACCAUAAACAACUCAAUGCGGGUAACAACAACAACUAAAUGGUUGAUCUUCCAAAACGUUAUAUUCACGCCUUUCUAUGGAGCUCUUGGAAUGAUUCUUAAAUCUGACUUCAAGCUUUACAGUACCACGGAGGUUCCUGCUGCUGUUUACCUUUCCAUAUUUAACAGUCUAUCCACGGUGGUAUGUAUGUAUGGCUUCAAAACGAUCGCAAUUAUCGCCAAUUCUAUUGAAGGUAUGGAGGAGAUGCAUGCAAUCAAGGGGAAGACAAUAUGCAUGCAACUCACUAUGUUCGUAACUGGUUUUGAGAGUUUAAUUUUCAACGUAUUAGCUCAAUUUGACUUGUUCCCUUGCGACCCACCGUUCGACUUUUACAGUAACCGUAAAGCCUACAACAACUAUGCCGUAGUAAUCCAGAUAUUUCUUCUUGGUGUGCUGGCUCGACAUUUCUACAGGCGAAAAGCUGAUAUUCAAAGACAGGCAGUCUUAACUGACGAUGAAACUACUAUAACAUACAGUCGUGCCCAUGGAGCAGUUGCAUCUUCCGUGACAAAAGUGCUUGGCGAUAAUGUUCCAUCUUAUAACGGAACCGGAGUUUCAAAUUCAAAUGAUGUACAAACCCCCGACAGUGCGUCUAAUAGCAAUCUGGUGUUAGAGGAAGACUGUUAAAAUAUACAAUACCUAAAUCGAUAUAUUACUGUGGGGUAAGGCGGGAUACCUCUAAUACAUAAUAUUCCAUGUUUUUCUAUCAUGUAAUAAACAAUUAAUACGCCCUUUAAUGUCGCGCGCUACGGUUAUAUAAGAUCAUACAGUAAAAUUAAAACCUGUCCCAUUUUACCCCAACCUACUAUAUAAUUGAAUAAAGAUUCAAUACUCACUUUUAUUAAACAUGUUAUGUACUUUCGCUAUAUCGCUGGUUCUCGUCGUGAUGUUUGUGUAACGCGAUAUAGCUUGGUGCUUUGUGUAACCCGUGACGAGGUUUAUUUGCUCAACGAACCGAAGCUUAUACACUGAAUAUAUGGGAACAUUAUAGGAAACCUGUUUAGCACAUGUGCCGCUCGUAUAACUGGAUGCUCAAGAUAGUUGAAAUAGUUACUUCUGAACACAGUAACGUUAUUGAAAACUAUUACCUAAGUACAGUUGUGCAGGUAUAGUUUGUCAAAAGCUAAAGUUAAGUUAGCUUAAGCAGGUGUUACUGGUUCACUGUAGUUACACAUGCUUUUAUAUAAUGGAAGGCUUGGCAGGCCUAAGGUUACAGAAAGAGAUUUGGAACAAGUCAGUCUGUAACUUGUUGGCCCCGACCUCUGACAAGUUUUCUGAAAGUAAGUAGAAGUUUUAACAUUAAUUUUAUUUAUCUCUUAAAACACGAUUACGAAAUUGAUUAAUAUGUAUUUUGUCACAAACUGAUUACAAUACUGUUCUCUAAUCUACUGUAUGACAGUUGUAUUCGAAAGCUGGGGUGCUGGGGGUGUUGUUUUCCUUGCUAUACCGCCGAUUCUUCUAGUAAUAAUGCUUGCUAUUUACUUCGAGGAAAUACAUUACAUACUUCUAAAGUCAAAUUCAAAGGAUCUUAGAAAUUCUCUUCUUUGGAUUCUUGGCAGCUACCCAAUCUCUAAUGAUGCUUGCCAAGUGGAUGAUCUUCCAAAACGUUAUUAUGAUUCCGUUCUAUGGUGUAAUCGCCAUGUUGUUGAAGGCGGACUACAAGUUAAACGAUUCACAGGGUACGAACCCAGCAUUGUAUCUUGCAAUAUUCUACAGCUUAUCUGCGGUUGUCUGUAUGUAUGGGUUCAACCUUAUGUUUCGUAUUGCCAAAAAAAUUGAAGGUAUGGAGAAACUGCAUGCAAUAAAAGGGAAAACUCUCUGCAUGACUUUAAUAACAUUCGUAACUGAAUACGAAUGUCUUAUUUUCAGUGUUUUGGAUUAUUAUAAUGUCUUCCCAUGCGAAGCACCGUUUAAUUUUAGGGAGAAUUACGACGGUAAGACCUAUAUUACUGGUGAACAUUAUAUGCUUGUUUAAAUGAGUGAUUGUAACUCGCUUUUAUCCUCAAGUGGUCGUAAAGCGACAGUCGUUAUAACACGUGUGUUCUGUUUCAUACACGUCGUUCCAGAUUACGAGUUACCAUGUAUGUAACUUUGUGGGUGUUUAUAUAUUUUUGGAUUUUUUUCAUUUGAUUUAGUUUGCCCUUGGUAUUCAUACAGCCUUGUGUUUCAGCUUUCAGUAAUUACGCCAUGAUUCUGCAAGUUUUCGUGCUUGGAAUAGUUGCCAGGAGGUAUUACAGACGCAAAGAAGAUAUCCAAAGACAGGCGUUUUUAACAGACGAUGACGAAAUGUUGUUUAAAAAUCAGCAUAUUGUUGAUGCAGUUCCAUCUUCAGUUGAUAAAAUCGUUGAAGAAAGUUGUUCAUACGGUACCACAGAACCUAACGCUUUACCAUUGAAGCACAUUGUUAGGCAAUGCUAAUAAAUAAAAGUAAAUUUUACAAA